AUGCAGGCUAUCACGGACUACAAAGGCAAAUCCAGCUGUGUGGUGAACACCAAAGCCUCCCUCCCAGACGAGCUUAACACAUUCUAUGCUUGCUUCAAGGCAGACAAUACCGAGCCAACCAGGAAGGCUCUCGCUGCUCCAGAUGACCAGGCUGCAGUCUCCACGCUUCAAGGAGACCACCAUCGUCGCAGUAACGACGAUGAAAGAAAACCAAGGCUCAUCCUCAGCCCCAAGCUCAGCCCCAUGCCCAGCCUUACCCUCAGCCCCAGCCUCAGCCCUAGCCUUACCCUCAGCCCCAAGCUCAGCCCCAAGCUCAGCCCCAUGCCCAGCCUUACCCUCAGCCCCAUGCUCAGACCCAGCCUUACCCUCAGCCCCAGCCUCAGCCCCAAUGGAAGCGAGACUCAAUGUGUGAAUCAGAGUGUGUGCUUGGACAUUCGUCUCCCGCUGCGGGCCGGUGUGUCAGCAGAUCAGCUGGAUAAGAGCGAGGUGACAACGUUGGGCCUGCCCCCCUCAGCCAGCCAUGGAGCCUCUGACGCCUCUCACAUCAGCGUAGAUGGGGCAGGGGCUGUGGCCGAGGUGGGAGCUCUAGCCGGAUGGGCUGAAGGGUCAGUGGUUGUCGAGGCCCAAUGGACACGCACUGCUCUGGAGCAGCUACAGCAGAAGAUCUUGAAGAUCACUGAGCAGAUUCGCAUAGAACAGGAGGCACGAGAUGACAACGUGGCCGAAUACUUGAAGCUGGCCCACAAUGCCAACAGGCAUCAGGCUUUCCGUAUCAAACAGGUGUUUGAGAAGAAGAACCAGAAGUUUGCACAGACCAUCACCCACCUGCUCAAAAAGCUAGAGCACUACCACAAGAAGUUGAAGGAGAUAGAGCAGCAUGGUCUAGGCCAGCAGUAUAAGGAUGUGCUGGUGGAAAUGCAGCAGGGGCUGAAGGAUGUAGGAGCCAACGUACGAGCAGGGAUCAGUGGCUUUGGUGGAGGUUUGGUGGAGGGGGUCAAAGGAGGGGCGUCAGAACUCACCCAUACCGCUGUGGUAUCUAAGCCAAGGGAGUUUGCCAGCUUGAUCAAAUUCGGCAGCACAGACACCAUAGAGGACGGUGUAGAGGGGCAUUCAGACAACGCACCCCUGAGUGGCUGCUUCACCUUGGCCUCCAGCCCCAAGUACGGCAGUGAUGAUGAGUGCUCCAGUGACGUCAGUGAUGACGAGUGCUCCGGGGCCAGGGGAGGAGGGGGGAUGUUGGGGCUGGGGCCGGGCAGGCUGGAUGGGUACCACCAUCAUAGUUCCUGGGAUGCCCAGCUGGUAGGCCUGCAGGAGAUCAAGGCCAGCCAGGCCCACAUGGAGGACGCCAUCGAGGACAUGAAGAGUCAGCUGCAGAGUGACUACUCCUAUAUGAAACAGUGCCUGCAGGAGGAGAGAUACAGGUAUGAGCAACUGGAAGAGCAGCUGAACGACCUGACAGAGCUGCACCAGAAGGAGAUGUCCAACCUGAAACAUGAGCUGGCCAGCAUAGAGGAGAAAGUGGCCUACCAGUCUGAUGAGAUAACCAGAGACUCUCAGGAGGCGGUGGAGUCGUGCCUGACCCGCAUCACUAAGUUGGAGCUGCAGCAGCAGCAGCAGCAGAUGGUGCAGUUGAAGGGUGUGGAGAACGCCAACGCCCGCGCCCUGCUGGGCAAACUCAUCAACAUCAUCCUGGCUGUCAUGGCCGUAGUGCUAGUGUUCGUCUCCACCCCAGCCAACUUCAUCACUCCGCUCAUAAAGACCCAAGCUCGGGGGGCCGCCACCGUCCUACUGGCACUUUUUCUGUUCGUCCUUUGGAAGCACUGGGACUUCCUGGUGCUCUGGCUACUGCCAGGCUGAGCCCUCCACAGUCCAACACAUUUACAUUUUUACACUUUAGUCAUUUAGCAGACGCUCUAAUCCAGAGUGAUUUACAGUUAGUGAGUGCAUACAUUUUUCACCUACACACACUGUUUAAACUUGACCUACCACCUAUAAGAUAUAAAGAAAUCUUGACACAAAUUG